GGCUUCAAAGCACUGAAACAGGCUAUUAAGCUGGAAUUCAAACUCGAGCGAUACUAAGAGGCAACCGAGCACUACGAGGAACUCCUGACCUAUGUCAAGUCAGCCGUGACGAGGAACUACUCCGAAAAGUCCAUCGACAAUAUGCUCAACUACAUCGAGAAAGGAUACGACGAUCCCAAAGCUGUGCAGUGCAUCGAAAAGUUCUACUCCCUAACACUCCAGUGCUUCCAGAGCACAAACAACGAGCGCCUAUGGUUGAAGACGAACACGGGUUGUGCUCCCACGCAGCAUUCCCAGCCCUCACGCAACCUGUGGCACAGCCAACCCCGGGCCCAACGCCACCGCCAACCCCGGCCCCCAGGCAACAAACCCCACCUGUGGCACUCACGGCACUCACGGUCCUGCCGGAGUUGUCCUUGCAACCCCUGAGUAUAAGUGAGGCUGAUUGGGAGGGGGGGCAACGCUAGCCUCUUGACAGGUCGUCGGUUGCAUCCCGGCUUUCACCACCCCGCGUUACUUUCGUUGAUC